AUGGAAGGAGCUUUCAUGGAGCAAUAUUAUAGGCCCAAACUGGAGAUUACCAUCAAUGACCUCACUGAUAUGAAGCAAGGGGAUCACGAAACAGUGCCAGAUUUCAUCGUCAGAUUUAAAAAGAUCAAAAUGAAAUGCAAAAUUCUUAUGGAUGAAAAACAUUUUAUAAAAAUGGCACAAAAUGCACUCAGACUAUCCCUUCGGAAGAAGUUUGAUGACAUAGAAUUCAUGGAUUUGCAGGAUGUGGCCUAG